AUGCAAGAGAUGAACUGUGAUCCAUGUAACAACUAUAAAGUGUUGGAUUCAGCAGACGACUUCAAACGAUCUGCUGCUUAUAGUAAAGAAACUUCGUUAUGUGAUAAUAUGCUGGAGUCAGGAUGGUAUAGAAUCAUAAGCAAAGCGGGCGAAAGAAUGCCAACGAAAUGUAUAGAGGGAGGUUUCCGUUGUGGGACAAUAUCAUCUAUAUGGAUGAAUGGAACCUAUCCGGUAACAAAUGAAACCAAAUCAGUUACAGCAUGUGCAGCGAACUACAAUGGAAAUUGUUGUGCAUAUUCACAUCAGAUAAAAGUGAAAAAUUGCACCAGUUACCUUGUCUACAGUUUGGUUCCUGUAGCACCAUGCUACCAGGCGUAUUGCUUUGGAUCAGAACUUCCAUGUCCAAAUGGAGAAAUGUCUAAUAAUGGUUUCAGUCCUGGAUGUGAACCUGAUCCUUGCGAAAGCAGUAAUCAUGGUGUACUACAAGGUGAAGUUAAGAGAUCCUCCAAUUAUACGCUGACAGCAAAUGACGUAGCUAUAGAAGACAGUCGACUCAGAACGGGAUGGUAUAGGAUUGACAGUGUGACCGGAAAUGAUAUUGCAAACUACAGUGUUCCCAUGAUGCAGUGUGGCACUCUUUAUCCUCUCUGGAUGAAAGGAAGUAUACCAGAUGGAAGAGAGAGAGAUAAAACUGUAAAUAGAAAAGUCUGCAGAUCCGGACUAACUGAUACCUGUGUAAAAGAAUAUGAUAUAAAAGUACGAAACUGUGGUACCUACAGAACAUAUUACCUGGCACAGUUAGAUGUUGACAAAUCAGCAUACUGUUUCGGAACGUUACCACUACCACAACCAACGACAUUGACGACGACAACAAGAUCAACCACAACAACAAAAACAACGACAGCAACCAAACCUACGACAACAACCAAACCAACGACAACAACACCAAGAUCAACUACAACAUUUAAAACAGUAUGGACAACCAAGACCAAACCAGUUUCAUCCAUAACUAAGAAUGGAGAAAUCUCUACUACUUCAUCACUGAAUAAACAAACAACAUCACAUCUUCCCCAAACAGGUAAAGAUGAAGAAUCUGUUGACAUCAUGGUAAUAGUUGCAGUCCUGAUUGUGCUCGUCUUUAUCCUGCUGGUGGUUAUAGUCACAAUUUUUAUGUUGUUCAGAAUGAAUCCUCAGUGUAUGAGUCCACCACCACCACCAACCUAUGAAGAUAUUGUGAAGACUGACAAAAAUACUUUUAAUCCGUAUGCACAAAUCGGGGAAACGAACAAUUACUCUUCUAUAACAGAAAUAAAGGACAACAUGCACAAUGAGGGGUACGACGAGAUUCCUUACGAUAAAAACCAGACUAUACAGGAAAAUAAACUAUACCUUCAAAACUAUGCUGUAAUGCCGGAUUCAAAUCAGAUCGUACAUGAAAAUAUGGUGUAUCUGCAAAUUCCUAUCAAAGUGCCACUAGAUAAAUCUGAAAAACCUGAGAUUUUUCAAUGAAUACAUGAAUAUGCGGUACAGCAUAAUUAUAUGAUUUCCAGUUUCUGAACUUAUCGAAAGUGCAUAACAAAUUUUGUGACAUUAUGUUUUCGGAGAAUUGAGAUUGACAGCAGACUUUUAUAUAAUACACAUAUUGUACAGGUUUUUUUAUUAUAUUCAUGCGUUUUUGCAAACUAAUAUGUCAUAUUUACAAAUUUUACGUAACAGAAGUGGGACUAAAAUGUAGCAGUUAU